AUGGCUGGGAAGCCGGCCAUCACCAAGGCGGCGGUGCGGCUGCAUCUGUUCUGCAUCUUCCUCGCUUUGGGCUCGUUAUGCUGGGGAUACAACGUUGGAAUCCUCUCCUCCGUGCUCGUCCACCCCGGAUUCGUCGAGCAGCUUAACCACCCCAACGCUUCCAAGAAGGGCAUCAUCACGGCAAUCUACUACGUCGGCACAUGGACCAGCUACGUCUUCCUCUCCCGCCCGGCCAGCGACUACCUUGGUCGCCGCCUCGCCGGCCUCGCCGGCAUCGUGGUCUUGUGCUUCGGCGGUGCCCUCAUCGCGGGCGCCACCGGGUCCGGCGCCUUUGCCAUGGUCAUUGCCGGCAGGAUCUUCGGCGGCAUGGGCUCCGCCGUCGUGUCCACGAGUAUCCCCAUGUUCCAGAGCGAGGUCGCUCCGGCUAAGCAGCGUGGCCGGUUCGUUGUCAUGAACCAUGUUGGGUUCGUGGCUGGACUUGCAACUGGCUUUUGGGUAGGUUACGCCGUCACCUUCUGGGACAGCCCCCGUGGCGUCGAAGUGGGCUGGCGUUUCUCCAUCGCUGUGCAGUUCAUACCGGCCUUUAUCUUCGCCGUCGGCUUGCCCUUUGUUCAUGAAUCGCCGCGGUGGCUCGUCGAGCACGGCAAGAUCGACAGCGCAAGGACCUCGCUGCACUACUUCCGCGAGGGCAGCUUCACCAACGACGAGAUCGAGACCGAGCUGGCCGACAUCCAGCAGUCGCUCGCCGACUACCGGGCCAGCGGGCUCACGUGGCUGUCGCUGUUCAGGGAGCCCACGCUGUUCGCCCGGCUGUGGCGCGCCGCGCUGCUGCAGUUCAUGGCCCAGAUGUGCGGCGCCACCGCCAUGAAGUACUACCUGCCGACCCUGUUCAGGGCCCUCGGCCUGCCCACGCGCCUGGCCCUGCUGGCCGGCGGCAUCGAGAGCACCCUCAAGAUCGGCUGCGCCGUGCUGGAGAUGCUCAUCAUCGACCGCGUGGGCCGGAGACUCUGUCUGGCUAUCGGCGCUGCUGUUAUGGCCUUUGCGAUGCUCAUAAACGGCGCCCUCCCCCUCGUGUACCCCGGCAACGUCAACCGCGCGUCCGACUACGCGUGCAUCGUCUUCAUCUUUAUCUACGCCCUCGGCUACAGCGUGGGCUUCGGCCCUGCAGCAUGGGUAUACGGCGCCGAGAUCUUCCCCACCUCCCUCCGCGCGCGCGGCCUCAACUUCGCCGCGUCGGGCGGCGCCAUCGGGUCGAUCGCGGUGGCGCAGAUCUGGCCCGUGGGCAUCGACCGCAUCGGCUCGCGCAUCUACUUCUUCUUCAUGGCUGUUAACCUCGCGUGCGUGCCCGUCAUCUACCUGCUCUACCCUGAGACCAAGGGCUUCGCCCUCGAGGACAUGGACGGCCUCUUCGGCGGCGCGGGCGGGCGGGCGCGCCUGCGGGGGGGGAGGAGGGGUGAGGGGGAGGGGGAGGGUUAUGAUGAGGAUGCUGUGGCGUUUGGGGAGGGGGGGCAGGGAGGGAGGAAGGGGUUGGCUGAGCCGGCUGUGUUGGGGGUUGGGAGGGCUGAGGGCUGA